UAAUGGUUGCUUUGGUGGUAAUAGUUACUGUCCUUUUUGGUAUACACGGAGUCGCCGCUGAGGACGAGUGCGUUCGCAUUAUACGUGAGUAUGAUGAAGACGAAUAUGAAGAGCUAGCAGCGGAACCCAUGAAAAAUCUAGGAUUCUACGGCUAUACACUGCCGUGUGGAGGCAUUGUCACUUCUGUCGAGGCUCGCGGGUUCUGUGGCAGACCCGAAAAUGGUGAAAUGCGAUUGACAAGUGGUGUAAGAGAAAAGUAUAUUCAUCAUGAUGUAUUAUUGGCUGCAAAGUGCAGCAAAACCGCGAUGGUUUACAAUAAUUACGAAGGGUACGUCAGCGCCACCGGUCUGAACAUCACUGUCCCUCGAAGUGGUAUUCUGGUGGUGCACUUGGACCCAGAU